AUGUGUGAUGGUCGUCGACCAGAAGAAGAUGAAGUUUCUGGUUCCCGGUUUAGUCAACAGAUCCUUGACACAAAUGGUUAUCAAGAUAAUGCGCAAAGUGCUUGUUUAAAUUAUUUACCGGGAAAUAACGAUGAAGACGCUGAUACACAAAAUCAAUUGACAGAAAAAGUUAAAGCAACUGAAGGUCAAACUGGUGAAGCAGUUAAUGAAAGUGUAAGUGCAUCAGGUAGACAACGUCGACGACGAUGGAAUCAAACAGCAUUUACCGAUAAUGAUGAUCCAACAGCGAAAAAAAAAACUUAUGAUGAAGCAGUAACAGUAGUUCAUCGAAUAUGGGAUGCUAUAUCAACAUCUGGUCAAUCAUCAUUUGAUGAAACACCGAUGACUUUACUUACAUCUAGUGCUGAAACAUCACAUGAUUCAGCUAUACUAUCAAAUAAACGUAAUCAAUGGGAUGAAACUUCACAUACGGAACGAGAAACAAUAAAUUUUGAUUAUGCAGAAAUAUCAAAGACCGGUUGUGGUAGUAUGAAUGAUGUUGAUUAUAUCAUGCAAUCAACUUCAACACCUUCAACUGAUGAACGUCGUUCAUGUAGGUAUGAAGUAUCUACUAAUACAACAACAAGUGGAGUUAAUUUUACAUUAUGUAUGACGCCAAUUAUAACAACAUCUGUCGGUCCAUGUGCAGCUAGUAUGGCAACACCAAGUCAAGUUUCAAUGACAGCUGAACAGUUAAAAGCAUAUCGUUAUGAACCUGGAAUAGAUGAACGUAAUCAUCCAUUAUGCGAUACAGAACUUGAUGCAAUGUUUCCGUCUGGCUCUAUAAGUCUACCACCACCAACACCACAAUCAACAUUUUCUGGUUUUCAUAAACAAGAAUCAGCACAUGGACUCAAUGUGCCAUUGAAUCAAUUACAAGAAUAUCAACCAUCAGGAAAUUUACCAUUAAUUAAACCAGAUGAUUUACAAUAUUUUGAUAAAUUAUUACAAGAAGUUAAUGAAGAAUCUUUAACACCUGACGAACAAAAAGAAAGAAAAAUAAUGAAAUUAUUACUUAAAAUUAAAAAUGGUACACCAUCUAUGCGUAAAGCAGCUUUGAGAAAAAUAACUCAUCAAGCACGAGAAUUUGGUGCUGGUCUAUUACUUAAUCAAAUAUUACCAAUAUUAAUGGCGUCAACAUUAAAAGAUCAAGAACGUCAUUUACUUGUUAAAGUUGUUGAACGUAUCUUAUAUAAACUUGAUGAUCUUGUUCGUCCACAUGUACACAAAAUUUGUGUUGCUAUUGAACCACUUUUAAUUGAUGAAGAUCAUUACACACGUGUUGAAGGACGUAAAAUUAUUUCAAAUGUAGCUAACGCAGCUGGUUUAUCAACAAUGAUAUCAACAAUGAGACCUGAUAUGGAUAAUUUAGAUGAAUAUGUACGUAAUACAACAGCACGUACAUUUGCUGUUGUUGCAUCAACAUUUGGUAUAACAGAUUUAUUACCAUUUUUAAAAACUGUUUGUACUAGUAAAACAUCUUGGCAAGCUAGACAUACUGGAAUUAAAAUUAUACGACAAAUUGCUAUUUUACAGGGUUGUGCUAUUUUACCACAUUUACAAUCACUAGUUGAAAUUAUUGAACAUGGCCUUGUUGAUAAACAACAAAAAGUACGAACAAUUGCAGCUUUAGGUAUUUCAGCAUUAGCUCAAGCAGCAGCACCAUAUGGUAUUGAAUCAUUUGAUACGGUGCUUAAACCACUAUGGUGUGGUAUAAAGCUACAUCGAGGAAAAAAUUAUUUUGCAUUUCUUAAAGCUAUUGGUAGUUUAAUUCCAUUAAUGGAUGCUGAAUAUGCAUGUUAUUAUACACGUGAAAUAAUGCCUAUAUUAAUUCGUGAAUUUCAAUCACCUGAUGAAGAAAUGAAAAAAAUUGUUCUUAAAGUUGUUCAACAAUGUGCAGCAACUGUUGGUGUUGAAGCUAAAUAUAUAAAAGAAGAAGUUUUACCAUCAUUUUUUCAAUAUUGUUGGAAUCAACGUAUGGCAUUAAAUCGUCGUAAUUAUCGACAAUUAGUUGAUACAACUGUUGAAAUGGCAAAUAAAGUUGGUUCAUCAGAAAUAAUUAAUCAUAUUGUUGAUAAAAUAAAAGAUAAAUCUGAACAAUAUCGUAAAAUGGUUAUUGAAACAAUUGAGAAAAUUAUGAAAAAUUUAGGUUCAGCUGAUAUUGAUUCACGUUUAGAAGAAAAAUUAAUUAAUGAUAUAUUAUAUACAUUUAAAGAACAAACAACAGAAGACACAGUUAUGUUAAAUGGUUUGGGUACUGUUGUUAAUUCAUUAGCUAAACGUUGUCAAGCAUAUUUACCACAAAUUUAUGAUACAAUAUUAUGGUGUUUAAAUAAUAAGGCAGCUAAAGUACGACAACAAGCAGCUGAUCUUAUACAAAAAAUAGCUAAUGUAAUGAAAUUAUGUUCAGAAGAAAAAUUAAUGGGUCAGUUAGGACUUGUUUUAUAUGAAUAUCUUGGUGAAGAAUGUCCUGAAGUUUUAGGAAGUAUUCUUGGAGCAUUAAAAGCAAUUGUUAGUUGUAUUGGUAUCACUAAUAUGACACCACCAAUUGAAGAUUUAUUACCAAGAUUAACAUCUAUUUUAAAAAACAGACAUGAAAAAGUUCAAGAAAAAUGUAUUGGUCUUGUUGGUUGCAUAGCUCAAUUAGGUGCAGAACAUGUUCCAACACAUGAAUGGAUGCAUAUUUGUUUUGAAUUACUUGAAUUAUUUAAAGCACAUACAAAAUCGAUUCGUCGAACUGCUAUUAACACAUUUGGUUAUAUAGCUAAAGCUAUUGGUUCACAUGAUAUUCUAGCUGCAUUAUUAAAUAAUCUUAAAGUACAAGACCGACAAUUACGUGUCUGUACAACUCUUGCAAUAGCUAAUGUAUCUGAAACAUGUUCACCACUUACUGUUUUACCAGGUUUAAUGAAUGAAUAUCGUGUACCGGAAUUAAAUGUUCAAAAUAGUGUAUUAAAAGCUUUAGCAUUUAUGUUUGAAUAUAUUGGUGACAAGUCAAAAGAUUAUAUAUAUGCAGUAACACCAUUACUUGAAAGUGCACUGAUGGAUAGAGAUUUAGUUCAUCGUCAAACAGCCAUGACUGCUAUUGGACAUUUGUCAUUAGCUGUAUUUGGUUUUGGCUGUGAAGAUGCAUUGUGUAAUUUAUUAAAUCAUGUUUGGACAAAUAUAUUUGAAACAAGUCCACAUGUUAUUCAAGCAUUUAUAUCUGCUAUUGAAGGUUUAUGUGUUGGUUUGGGACCAGGUCAAUUACUUUAUUAUACAUUACAAGGUCUCUUUCAUCCAGCUCAACAAGUACGCGAUAUUUAUUGGAAAGUAUAUAAUACAUUAUAUAUCGAUGCACAAGAUUCAUUAGUAGCUGCUUAUCCACGUAUUAUUGAUGAUAAUAUUCGCCCAAUGAUAAAUGAAACUGAAUUAUUGAAAAAACGUAUUGAAAAACUACGGAACGAUUAUGCUCGAUAUGAACUUGAUUAUAUCAUGUAA